UGCCUGGCCCGAGCCAGUCGGCUGCUCCGUAACUCGAUCACUGUGACCGGCCUCCCCGAGCCACCGAGGAGCCGAGAGGCUGGGCAGCCGCGCAGUGACAGCAGCCGCGCAGGUAGGGGCCCGAGGAGAAGGGGAGGCGAGCGUGGGCUGUGGACCGGGACCUCGGAGGAGCUGGGACACGGGCCCCUGCAGAGAUGCUGUCUCCCUGACGGGAUAUCAGAUGUCCCAGUAUUCCUGCCUGACAGCUUUUUCUCUGAGCUGACCGCAUCCCUCCUGCAUACUGUCUGUCCCAGUGAGAUGAUGAAGGGAGGAGCUGGAAGAAUGCAACACAGUGACAAGCCAAAGCAGGAGGGACACAUCUGGGGCUCCAUGAGGAGGACAGCUUUCAUCUUGGGCUCUGGCCUUCUCUUGCUCGUGGCCUUCUGGAACUCAGUCACAUGGCAUCUUCAGAGAUUCUGGGGCGCUUCUGGCUAUUUUUGGCAAGCCCAGUGGGAGAGGCUGCUGUCGACAUUCGAAGGGAAGGAGUGGGCCCUCUACAUUAUAGGUGCCGCCCAAGUACCAGUUCUGCUCUUCUGGGUCUUCAACGGGCUUCUGCUGGUGGUUGACACAACCGGAAAACCUAACUUCAUCUCCCGCUACCGAAUUCAGGUUGGCAAGAAUGAACCAGUGGACGCCGAGAAACUACGCCAGUCUGUCCGCACAGUUCUCUUCAACCAGUGCGUGAUCUCUCUGCCCAUGCUGGUCUUCCUCUAUCCCAUCCUCAAGCUGUGGGGAGACCCCUGCCGCCGAGAGCUACCCACCUUCCACUGGUUCCUCCUGGAGCUGGCUAUCUUCACUCUGAUUGAGGAAGUCCUGUUCUACUACUCGCACCGGCUCCUUCACCACCCAGCAUUUUACAAGAAAAUCCACAAGAAACACCAUGAGUGGACAGCUCCCAUUGGCGUGAUCUCUCUCUACGCCCACCCUAUCGAGCAUGUGGUCUCCAACAUGCUGCCGGUGAUGGUGGGUCCCAUAAUAAUGGGCUCCCACUUGUCCUCCAUCACCGUGUGGUUCUCCUUGGCCCUCAUCACCACCACCAUUUCCCACUGUGGCUACCACCUACCUUUCCUGCCUUCACCUGAAUUCCAUGACUACCAUCAUCUCAAGUUCAACCAGUGCUAUGGGGUGCUGGGGGUGCUGGACCACCUCCAUGGGACUGACACAGUGUUCAAGCAGACCAAGGCCUACGAGAGACACAUCCUCCUGCUGGGCUUCACCCCACUGUCUGAGAGCAUCCCGGAUGCCCUGAAGAAGAUGGAGUGAGACAGGGCCCCAGGGCCAUCCUGGCUGUCCCCCUCAGUCCACUGCUCCGGUGGCCUGAGGCAUUCUGACGGCACCAAACUUGCUCCCCCAGCCAUUCACUAAUGACGGCACCACUGGGGCAGGCGGUUAGAUCAUCUUCCCAGAAAAGCAGGCCAAGGAUGGGGCCAAGGCUCCCCCAGCUGCCCCUAUUGUCCCUCAGAAGGAACAAGAAGGAGUUGGCUUAAGGAAGGGGGUAAAACAGCUCCCCAGAAUGGAGGCCCGUGAGAAGAAACCACUUUUAAGGGUGGUCCUGGUGAGUCCCCCUGGUCGUUUGCUGCAGAAGGGGAAAGAUGACCCCAGAUGACCUUUUUAUGACCUAGACAAGACACAGAGAAUGCAAAAGUGGCGGUGAGAUAGGAAGCUACUGCCAGCUCUGGGAAAUCUCUGGGUGCCAGGGGGUGAGGGAACCAGAAGGUAUUACUUUGCCCCUUCCUGUUGCUAAAAGCUUUUCUCAUAUCCUACUCUGGCCAGGGCUAGGACACCCUCAUUUCCAAAACAUACACACAUACACAGUCAGCUAACACAGGCCCCAUUUCAACUCUACCCCGUUGCAAACAUCCCUCUAUGAAAAGAAAAAAGCCUAUCACAGAGCG